AUGACGACAGCCAACACCUCCCGCUGGUCAGCUGAGAUAAUGUUGAGGCUUUGGAAACAUCAUUUGAGCAUUGUCCAAUACUCGAAUUCGUCAACAGACAUAUCCAUGGACGGGCAGACCACGCAAGUGAAACUCUCGCGACAAGCGCCGGAUUUGAAUGGCUUGGCAUAUGCCAGGAAUGGCCGGGCGCAUUCGGGGAUUGAGAUAUUCGAGGAGGAUUAA